AUGGAGAACCACGUCUCUCAUAUAGUUGCGCUAUCCAAGCGUGUCCCAUUUAGAAGGGUGUUGGGAGUACUGUGGGGGAAUCCUAUACGACGCGGUGCCACAUCGGCAGGUCUUGUCGCAACAUAUCUCAUCCUGGUGGCUUGUUUACGGUUUCAGAGACUACGGAGGUUGCAUCGCGAGUAUCGCCAAUACGCGACCCGUCAAGGGAUGGCCUACAUGACCGACCAUGAUGCUUGGGCCAUUCAAAAAAAGGUUCUCCAACUGGAAUUCCCGACGAUAUCUCUCAAGGCCCUACAGUUUGCGCUCUUCCGAACAUAUGGUAUCCCCACGAUCUCCAAACUGUUACUCAAGACGUCCCAAUUCUCCGACCCAGCCACCUCGUUCAAGCGCUAUGCCGACACCGGUGCACUCAUCGGCCAGUUCAUGUCCUUUGAGCCCACCUCCGACCGUGCCCUGACUGCCAUCGCGCGAACCAAGUUCCUGCACACCGGCUAUCGCAAUAGCGGUAGUAUUCUCAACUCCGACAUGCUAUAUACUCUGAGCUUGUUUGCGACCGAGCCGAUCCGCUUUGUGGAGAUGUUCGAAUGGCGCUCCAUGAGCGAACUUGAGAAAUGUGCCAUCGGUACAUAUUGGAAAAACCUAGGGGAGCAACUUGAGAUUGACUUCGCGGAGCUGCCAUCUGCGAAGACGGGAUUCCGAGAUGGACUACAUUUCCUUGAAGAGAUGACCGAAUGGAGCCACCGAUACGAGGAGCAGUACAUGAAGCCUAGCCCGGAGAAUAAGGCCGUCGCGGAUAAGACUAUGGACGUUCUGGUGUAUGCGUUGCCGGCUUGGCUGAAGGGUGUCGGCGUGAAUUUUGCCUCCUGCAUGAUGGAUGAACGACUACGGGUGGCAAUGAUGUAUGACGCCCCAUCUGGCAUAUACUAUGGCAUCUUCUUUUCUUUGGUCGCUGCUCGCAGGCUCUACCUCCGAUAUCUUUCUCUGCCACGGCCCAACUUCCUCCGACUGGAUGUGUUCUCCGAGGACGCCAAUGAGCAUGGUCGCCACUAUGUGCGUACCUGGAGUGGUGCACCAUACUACGUUCAGCCCACCCUAUUGAACCGCUGGGGUCUAUCGGCGUGGGUUAGUCGGUUGUUCGGACUGCCACUACCUGGGGAUGAAGGGGAGAAGUAUUAUCCCAAGGGGUUUGAGACAGCCGAUCUCGGGCCCAAGUAUUUUGAAGGAAAAGGCCGCAGCACAGUCCGAGAAUAUUAUGAUCAAUUGGUGAAAGGCAGGAAAGUAAGGCCUUUUGUGGAUUGA